AGAAAUGGAUGCAACCCAAGAUGAUGAAAAUUUUCAUGAAUUUCAUCGAUUUCUCGUUGCACAUCUCCCUCACCCCUUUUCCAGGCAUGCUAAUGCAACUCAGCUGUUCACAAAGUCACGCUCAACGCAUCAGCAGCAUAUGCGCUUGCGUCCAAGUUCAAAUCGAUAGUGUUUCACGUGUAGAGAGUAGGGUGUUUCAUUAUCCCUCUUGUGAAAAAUUUAUAUUGGCAAAUCCCUAUGAUGGGCUCUGAGGGGUGCAGAAUAGGGGGUGAGAUGCAGUUAGAUAUGUUCAAUGGAAAAUCAAUACAACUGCCCCAAACGGGAUGCCAGUGCAGUUUUUGAAUAGGGUGGUCUAGUGCGCUUCAAAAUUCAAAACAAAACGUUCCUUGUUGUUGAGUUGAAAGUGUGCUAUUGAAUCGUUCUUGAUUAAAACACCGAUAAAUUGUCAACAGGUACAAGUCACAUGGCUCGCAUGCUUUUUCAAUUGGGCUUGUUGACGACAAAAAUUUAGACCUGGUAGAUUAGAAUUUUAGCUAGUUAUUUACAUUUUCGUAAUUUGAAGCUAGAUCAGUUGCUAUGUAGAACCUAAGGACUCAAAGAGGAUAUAGGAUGCCUCAAGAUUCAUCGAAAGCCGAUUGCAUCCGGUUAGAGCCUCUUGGAAGAUUGAGGCAGACUCAAAACGGGAAUGUGAGAGGCACCGACCAAGCUAGGGACCAGUUGGUGAAAUUUUCCGUUGUAACUGGUGGAAACAGCGUCGAGGCGGUAGUCUGGAGGAGGGGAGUGAUGAGCGAUCAAGAUGUUGACGAUGUCGCAUUUCUUACAGGUACCAUAGUUAGCUCCAAAAUCACCCAUUCCAUAUCUCACUCACAGUCAUCCCCUCUGCUCAUAAAUAACCCCUGUGAUUCAGGAGCUGUUGCGAGAAGUGAUAGUCCGGAUGGUGUUAUCAAAAAGAGCUUGUAUGAGAAGAAUGGCGUGGCUUCAUGCUCCCACAACAGGGCCCUGUGCAUCGCCACUGUGGUGUUUGCCCUUCUGUUCACCAUCGCCGUCAUCAUCGCUUUCACAGGACCACAAAGUGAUUGCACCUGUGCAGGAGAGAAACCCCAGAAUUUUGUGGGUGAAGAGUGGAACGUGACUAAGAUAUUCGUGCCAAGGGCUACCAAUGGUCAAAUCUUUCCAUGGAACAAUAUCCGUCUUCCUACCAACGUCAAACCUUUCCGUUAUAACAUUACGAUCCAUCCAAAUCUAACCACUUUGGAAGUACAUGGACAUAUAACUAUAGAGAUUUAUGUGGAGAAAGAUACUAAUUUUAUAGUAUUAAAUAGUCAAAAUUUAACUAUAACAAAAUAUAUGGUCCAAGACAGAAAAGGGCAUAACUUGACUGUUACAAGAAUGUUAGAAUACACUGGAGCUCAACAAUUGUACCUUGAAAUUAGAGAAAAAUUCAAAAAGAGGCAUAAUUAUACUUUAUUCUUUAGAUACAACUCUAAAUUAAGUACUGAAUUUGAAGGUUUUUAUAUAUCAAGUUACAUGUCCAACGAAGGGGAAAGAAGAUAUCUUGCUACUACUCACUUCGAGCCAACUUAUGCUAGGGCAGCAUUUCCUUGUUUUGACGAGCCACAUUUCAAAGCAAGAUUCAGGAUGACAAUAUUGAGAGACAGGCACCAUAUUGCCCUGUUCAAUAUGCCCAUUCGAGAUACAGAAGAAGCUGGCUUUUACGUUGGAAAAGGAUUACUACAAGAUGACUUUCAAGAAUCAGUCGAAAUGAGUACAUAUUUAGUGGCUUUCAUCAUAUGUGACUACGACCAUAUCAGUAACACUACAAGAAAGGGGGUAUCUGUAUCUGUUUACACGCCCCCGCCUUAUAUUUCACAAGCCUCUUUUGCAUUGAGUACUGCUACUCACAUGAUGGACUUUUUCGAAGAUUUCUUUGGCAUACCAUAUCCUCUACCCAAACAAGAUUUUGCUGCUAUACCAGACUUUGCAACUGGGGCAAUGGAAAAUUGGGGUUUGAUCACAUUCAGAGAAACUGCCAUUUUAUAUGACUCUAUAGAAACAUCAACAUCUGCACAUCAAUGGAUAGCCGUUGUGAUCGCUCACGAACUAGCGCAUCAGUGGUUUGGAAACUUGGUUACUAUGAAAUGGUGGAAUGAUUUGUGGCUGAACGAAGGAUUUGCUAGCUUUUUGGAAUAUCUUGGGGUCGAUAGUCUGUUUCCCGAAUGGGAGAUGUUAGAUCAGUUCAUUCUGGAUAAAACACAGCCUGCUCUUGCACAAGAUGCUCUCUCUAGCAGUCAUCCCAUAUCUGUUCCGGUUGAUGAUCCUUCCGAAAUUAAAGCUAUUUUUGAUACAAUUUCUUAUAGUAAGGGAGCAUCAAUUUUACAUAUGUUGGGGAAUUUUCUACAAAUGGAUAUUUUACAAAGUAGUCUUAACGAUUAUUUGAAUAUCUACAAGUUCAAAACAGCAGAGACCAAAGAUUUUUGGAAUGUCUUCAGCAAAAAUACCAAUCAAUCUCUAGAAGUGAAGAACAUCAUGGACACUUGGACCAACCAAAUGGGAUUUCCUUUGAUAACGCUAAUCAGGGAAGGUAACGAAACAUUAGCAGUACAAGAAAGAUUUCUCUUAACAACUGAAAGCACAAACCAUACAAUCCGCUCUUUACCAAAAUCAAAAUAUGAUUAUAAAUGGUAUGUUCCCUUAACUUACUACACAGACAUGGAACCAGAGUUGACAAACAUGGUUUGGAUGAAUAUGUCGGAUGCUCGAUUCGAACUGAGUCCUAAUAUAAGAUGGUUAAAAGCAAACGUUAAUCAGACAGGCUUUUACAGAGUGAUGUACGAAGAAUCAAUGUGGCAAGAGCUGAUAAAGGUUCUGAAAACUAAUCAUACUCUGUUGAAUCCAGCAGAUAGAGCCAAUUUGAUAGAUGAUGCAUUCACUUUAUGCAGAGCUGGAUUAUUGAAUGCUAGUGUUCCGUUGGAGUUAUCAUCUUAUUUAGUCCACGAAAGGCAUUAUGUUCCUUGGGCAACAGCAAUAGAACACUUUCACGCAUGGAGUAGAAGGUUGUCAGAAGGAUUAUCAUACAAGCUCUUCCUUCAGCACAUGAGGAAACUUUUAACACCGAUAGUAGAACAUGUGGGAUGGAAAACAGGAGGAUCUCAUUUGGACAAAUUGAUGCGUUCGAACAUUCUUGCCACUGCAGUAAUGUACGGUUUGAACGAUACUGUAUCAAGAGCGAGAACGGAAUUUCAUAAAUGGAUGGAAGGUAACCAUUCUAUUCAUCCAGAUUUUAAAGAAGUCGUUUACUCAGCCGGGGUCAAAUAUGGAGGAUCUGCAGAAUGGCAGCAUUGUUGGAACGUUUAUAACUCUACUAACAUACCAAGUGAAAGGAGACUUAUGCUCAAAGCUUUAGGAGUGGCUUCGGAUCCUUGGAUUUUACAAAGAUAUCUACUGUUCUCUCUGGACAGGAAUAUGGUGAAAGUACAAGAUAUGAAGACAGUUUUAGCUGUUGUUGCCUCCAAUCCUGAAGGAAGACUUCUUGCUUGGAGACACCUUAAAGCAUAUUGGCCAACAAUGAAUUCCACAUUUGGUAAUGCUACCUUCAUGAUAGGAAGCCUCAUUUCAGCGGUUACUACUCAUUUGUCAACUCCAUAUGACUUGUCAGAGGUAACAACAUACUUCAAUGGAAUGAAUGUGGGUUCGGCAACAAGAGCACUGGAACAGAGUAUAGAAACUAUUAAACUCAAUGUUAAUUGGGUCAGAAACAAUGACGCAGAUAUCUAUAGAUGGUUGAGGAAUUAUUUAAAAUAGGAUGAAUUAAUUUAAUGAUGUAACUUAUUAUUUUCACCUUAUCAUCUCUCCAUGUUACUUGUCUAUUUUUAUAUAUGUAUAUAAUAAACGUGCCCUU